AUGGAUACACUGAUGACAUUGGCGUCCGAAAGCCCGGUUGUGAUAUUCAGCAAAGACACUUGUUGCAUUUCUUACAGUAUUGAAAUCCUAAUCAGAGGUUUUGGUGCAAAUCCAACAGUGUACAAGAUUGAUGAACUUCCGAAUGGUAAAAAAGUAGAGAGAGCUUUGCUUGAAAUGGCAUGCAAGCCAAGUACACCAACUACAUUCAUUGGAACGGAACUUGUUGGUGGAUCUAAUGAAGUCAUUAGUCUCAAUAUUAGGGGAAAGUUAAAGGAUUUGCUCAUCAAAGCUAAUGCUAUAUGGAUAUGA